GCCGCCGCCAGCGGGAGGGGGGGGCGUUAAAGGAGCGGGUGCGGGGCCGAUGGAGCCGUGCGGGGACGGCUGGUUCCUGUACUACGCCUACGGCAGCAACCUGCUGCGGGAGCGCCUGCUGCUGCGCAACCCCUCGGCGUCGCUCUGCGCCCUGGCACGCCUGCAGGAUUUUAAGCUGGAGUUUGGCCAUCAUCAAGGCAGGACAAGUUCUGUCUGGCAUGGAGGUACAGCGACCAUUGUUCAGAGCCCUGGAGACGAAGUAUGGGGAAUAGUGUGGAGAAUGGACACUAGCAAUUUAAGUUCACUGGAUAAGCAAGAGGGAGUUGAAGAUGGCAUUUAUGUCCCAAUAGAAGUCAAUGUCCACACUGAAGCUGGAAAGGUACUGACCUGUCGAAGCUACCAGAUGAAGGACUAUGUCUGUGGUCCUCCUUCUCCUCAAUAUAAAAAGGUUAUCUGCAUGGGUGCAGAACAGAAUGGCUUGCCAACUGACUAUCAGAAGAAAUUAGAAGCUAUUGAAACUAAUAAUUAUGCAGGACCAGUGCCAAUCAUGGAAGAGAUUGAAGCUGCUAUUAAAGCAAAGAAAAUAAAAUCUGCAUAGAAUACCUCUGCACUUGUUUGGCCAUUCACCUUGAUUUAGAUACCUCUCCUCACCUUGCUGAUCAGCAGUUUCUUUAUUUAUCAAGAAAAGAUGAGUUUGCUGUGCACCUACAGUAAGCCAUUAGACAUAAUUUGCAGUCUGAAGACAUGCUGACAUUGGUAACUUCUUCACUUUGUAUGUAUAGCUUGAAUACAUACUGAAGUUUUUGCAGAUUUAGAAAUUAUCUUUCUGUAAUUGUCAUGCAGUGCUGCAUGCAAAUUUGUGUUUUGUGUCCUGUUUCCUGACCUUUUCGAAGGAAAAAGGCCGUCUUGAUGGGUAUUAGCAUCUGUUGCCUUCUGAGGAAUAUAGGCCCUUCUGAGGGUCAGGCCUUUUGUUCUUAAACAUUGUGUACACAGUUAUCAAGAAUUUCAAAGAUUUGGUUUUGAUGCAAAGAAGAAUCAAAACCCUAAACCAAGACUUAACUUUUCCCUUUGCUGCUUCUCUUAAUGGUUUAAAGCCCAACCUAUCUGAAGCUGUGAAGUUCCUCUUUCUGUUUUCUGUUUUUAUAGUUAACAGAGAAAGAAAAGUAAUACUUUUUCCUAACUAUCUCCAUGUUUUCAAGUUAGUCCAAAAGGCAACCCAGGUCUGAGGACAACAUUCAGCAAAGGAUCGCAUUCAAACCAUAAUGGCCACCUCCUUUCUAUGUCUAGUAAUCAUCAUAGCUGAACUGGUUAUAUAGCCAACAGUUUUUUAAAUAAUUUGGUUUAGUUAGAAAAUUCCCAAGUUUUUUAAGCAGCAAGCCAGUCAAAAAGGUUGUUUAUCUAGGCCUUGGUCACAUGUCCCAUGAAAUCAGAAAGUUUCCUGUGAAUCCUAGUGCAUUUGUUUCAUGGUUUGGUUUAUCUAUUAAACCCCAAACAGACUUGACCUCUUACCCCCCCAGCUUUGACAAUCUCCUGUAAAACUGGAAGCUCAUGUAAGGUUUACAGUACUUAUUUUUACGGUAUUUGGCAACCUCCAUAGUUAGUCUGUGGGGGACAAAGAAAAAUUGACAACCUGAAAGAUUUCAACAACUGAACUUAUCUUCUGUACUGUGUACUUUUUUGUUUCUCAUGAUGUACAGAAGGGUGUAAAAUAUAAUCAGUGUCACUGUGUGACUGCUUAGAUAAACAAAUGACAAAUUAACAGACUUACCAUGUCUUUUCUGCAUAAAAUUUUUCUGUAGACUUCUGCCAGGGAUGUAUAGGUGCUGUCCUGAUGUCCUAUGCCCGUAUCCAGAGCCGGGCACGGUGACUGCAGUGAAACACGGUACUUUCUCUAUUAGCACUGUCUAAUCUGAAACAGAGUAAAUAAAACUGUGAUUACCAAA